AUUUGUUAAUCAAAAUCAGCAGUGUUUUGAAACGGUUAUCUAUCUUCUAUCAGUCUGUUAUCUGUGUAGUAGUGUUAGAUUUAGUACUCUUAGUUUGUUAGUUCACAUUCUGUCCUAAUUCAUAAUUAUUUAGUCCUAAAUUUCAAUUCUUUCACUACAAAUUUGCGUUCGUACCUACUUAUGAACCACAACAAGUCUCGGAUGAUUUUAUUCUUCAGUUAGAGUGUCAUUUUAAAUAUGUUCCGGCAACUUACUAAGAUAAGAAAUGGAAGAGGGACUAGUCUGGAGUUCUCCAUCCACUGUGCCUUGAGACGUAGGAGGCAUACAUAUGCUGAGGAUCAGUACCUCCAGAUAAGCAGUGUGCCCACUCUUCACUUUCAACCAUCUCUCCCUCGUCUGCCGAUUCCGGAGCUUUCAAAAACUUGUGAUCGCUAUCUGCGAUCUGUGAAACCAAUACUUUCCAGUAGUGAAUAUGAGACAACUGAGAAAAUCACAAAGGAAUUUUUGCUGAAUGAUGGAGCGGCUCUUCAUAAACAUCUGGUGGCUAGUGACAAGGCCAAUUCUCAUACCAGUUACAUUUCCAAGCCAUGGACAGAUGUGUAUUUUUCUGACAGAGUGCCAUUGCCGCUCAACUACAAUCCAAUCAUAGUGUACAUCAACAGCUCAAAACCUAGUUUUAACAGUCAGUUGAUAAGAACAACGAAUCUCCUCAUUUCAUCUCUCAGGUUUUUGAAGUCUCUCAGAGCAAAUAUUUUGGAACCGGAAGUGUUUCAUUUGAACCCAAAGAAAAGCGACACUCCAUUCUUCAGAACGUUUACUGGUUUGCUUCCAUCAUCCAUCAGCUGGUAUGGUGCUUAUAUGUUCAAUGCUUAUCCAUUGGACAUGUCUCAAUACAAGCACCUGUUCAACACCUCGCGGAUUCCAGAGCAAAAUAAAGAUAGACUCUUUCAUGAUGCAUCAAAGCGGCACAUUCUUGUCAUGCACAAAGGUCACUUUUAUGUUUUUGAUGUCUUAGACCAAGCAGGAAAUAUAAUAGAGCCCAGCAAAAUUCUAGGAUGUUUGAAGUACAUCUUGGAACUGAAGACGCCAGCAGAGUAUCCCAUUGGUGUCCUAACAACGCUAGAUAGAAACCAUUGGGCCAAACUAAGAGGCAGUUUGGAAAGUUUAGGAAACAGUGAAGCUCUAGGUUUAGUUGACAGCAGUCUUUUCAAUAUUUCUCUUGAUGAUGAAAACUGCCAAGAUGAUAUUGAGAAAACGACACAGCUUUUUCUGCAUGCAGACGGAACUAACAGAUGGUUUGACAAGAGUUUCUCUCUAAUUGUAUCAGCAGAUGGUGUGGCCGGCCUCAAUUUUGAGCACUCUUGGGGUGACGGGGUGGCUGUUUUACGCUAUUUCCAAGACACUUACAAAGACAGUGAUACUAAGCCUGUCAUUCAUCCUGACUCCAAGCCUGACAACUCUAUCAUCUCAUCUGUCAAAAAAUUAGAUUUCAAACUUGAUGAUAAUGUUAAAUCCUCCAUUAUCAAAGCUAAGGAAGAUUAUAAAAAAACAUGCAAUUCCCUGCAAAUUGACUUUUCACAAUUCGAAUCUUUUGGUCGGAAUUUAUGCAAAAAGAAAGGUGUGAGUCCAGACCUAGUCAUGCAAUUAGCAUUCCAGGUUGCGUAUGAUAAACUAGCAGGUAAACAGGUUGGAACCUAUGAGUCUUGUAGCACAGCAGCCUUCAAACAUGGUCGCACAGAGACUGUUCGUCCCUGCACUAUUGAAACAACGAAAUUCUGUAAAGCAAUUAAUGGCCCCAACAAACCAAGUGUUGAUGAGCUAAAAAAAGCCAUCAUGGAGUGUUCUACUAAGCAUAGUAAUCUAGUAAAGGAAGCUGCAAUGGGUCAAGGGUUUGAUAGGCACUUGUUUGCUCUCCGCACUAUCGCACAAAAUGAAAAUAAUCGCAUUCCCGCUAUCUUUCAAGACAUUGCAUACAAAAGAAUCAAUCACAACAUUUUGUCAACAUCAACCCUAACUUCACCCACUGUCAUGUUGGGAGGUUUUGGUCCUGUUGUUAAAGAUGGCUUUGGAAUUGGGUAUUCCAUCCUGGAUGAUAAAUUGGGCGCAAUUGUCACAAGCUAUCGAGGUCAAUCUGACGGGGCUGGCUUUCAGAAAAGUCUUUCAAUGGCCCUUCAAGAUAUUUACAGCAUCCUCAAAUGAAGAUUUUCUUCAGUAAUUUGUAUGGAGCUAUCAAGUUUUUGAUGUCUGGCAUCAACGGUCAAUUACAGUCGUAGCAGGACAGAGAACGGUCUAGGAAGUUAUCUUUUGGGAAGAUGGAUUUUUUAAUUAUUGGAAGACUGAUGAUUCUUUAAUGUUCAUAUCAAUAGAAGACUGAAAAAUAUUUUAAGGUGCACAUAUCUUUAUUGAAUAUCUUAUCAGAGCGGAAUCUAAUUUCCGAAAAUUUUAACGAGACAUCCAAAAAAUCUUGGUUGAACCCACAUAAUUAAAGCUUUCUGCCUUACCUCAAACUUAAAACUUCCUUCUCUUCACAAUGUCUCAGAAAUAUUAAAAGAAAAAAAUCAUGCACACAGUGAAAUGGAGAAGGAAGUGGCAUUUUUUUAGAAAAGGAAAUCAUAUGUUCACUUUUGUAUCCAAUAUGAAAAUCGGCAUUGUCUCUUUGCAAAAUAUACCUAGUGCAUUUUCCCCCCUUAUUUUUAUAGAAAAUGAAAUCGAAGCUGAUAGGUACUUUGAAAUAGAACAAAAUUAUAAAAUCAUUGUUAUUUUCAUUACCAAUUAAUGUGUGGUUGUAGGGCAAACUUGUUGCGCUAAGUUUGCAUGACUAAUCAUAUGAACUCAGUCCAUGUAAAUUUCUGUAGUCGGUGAUUUUUAUCUUGCAGUAUUAAUUUUGUCUAAGAAAGACUAUUUAGGGAUGUAUAGACUAAUUUGUAAGGUAGGUACCCAAUUAAAAAACUUUACUCCGGAGUUAGCUUGGAAAAUGGAAGGAUAGUCUUUUUUUUUUGUAUUAUGCCUGUGAAAGUUUUCAGAAAAGAUAGUAAUUUGUCCUUGAGUUUGAAAUAGUCAGUCAGUUUUGAUUUAUCCACCUGGAGGUCAUUAAACUCUCUUAUACAUAGUCAAAAUUUGUGUUUUACAAAUAUUUUCUGUAACUUUAGAAAUGUUUUAAAUUUAAUGCAAACUAAUGAGACAGACCUUAUCCUUCACUCUUAAUGAAUCAUGAUAUUAAUAGGCUUAAAGCACCAGUUUUAGCUGCAAAGAAUACCUCCCUUUCCUCCAGCGUGAAAUCAGAAUUUUAUCUUACCAAA